CCCAGAUGCAGCAGGCAGCUGCCAGCAGGAGGGAUCGGCGGACGCAGCCAGCAGGCGGCAUUCCGGGCAGCGCGGGGCAUCAGGCCUCACCCGCCUGGAGGAUGCGGGCUGAAGCCCCGCCCCAUGGCCCCUGAGCCACAUGGCCUUCCCGGGCCCCAGGACACCUGCCUCCAAUCCAGUGUCAGGCAGGAAGAGAGCCAUGUGCUGGGUCAGUGCCACCAGCUUCAUGGCGGCCGAGGAGAUGCACUGGCCUGUCCCCAUGAAGGCCAUUGGUGCCCAGAACUUGCUAACCAUGCCUGGGGGUGUGGCCAAGGCUGGCUACCUGCACAAGAAAGGUGGUACCCAACUGCAGCUGCUCAGAUGGCCCCUGCGCUUUGUCAUCAUCCACAAGCGAUGCAUCUACUACUUCAAGAGCAGCACGUCUGCCUCCCCGCAGGGCGCCUUCUCCCUGAGUGGCUACAACCGGGUGAUGCGGGCGGCGGAGGAGACGACGUCCAGCAACGUCUUUCCCUUCAAGAUCGUCCACAUCAGCAAGAAGCACCGCACGUGGUUCUUCUCGGCCUCCUCCGAGGAGGAGCGCAAGAGCUGGAUGGCCAUGCUGCGCAGGGAGAUCGGCCACUUCCACGAGAAGAAGGAGCUGCCGCUGGAUGCCAGUGACUCCAGCUCCGACACAGACAGCUUCUACGGUGCGAUCGAGCGGCCCGUGGACAUCAGCCUCUCUCCACACCCCACGGACACGGAAGACUACGAGCACGACGACGAGGACGACUCGUACCUGGAGCCCGACUCCCCCGAGCCUGUGCAGCCUGAGGAUGCCUUGAUCCACCCGCCGGCCUACCCCCCGCCUCCUGUGCCCACACCCAGGAAGCCAGUUUUCUCCGAUGUGCCCCGUGCCCACUCCUUCACCUCCAAGGGUCCGAGCCCUCUGUUGCCACCCCCACCCCCUAAGCGCGGUCUCCCUGAUGCUUGCCCGCCCCCUGAGGACUCCAAGAGGGACCUGCUGGGCCUGAGGCGGGCCGAGCCUGGCCCUAGGGUGCCCCCUGCCUGCCGGAGGAUGAGUGACCCCCCGCCAGGCGGCCUGCCCAUCAUGCCCGGCCUACGGAAAACACCUUGCUUCCACGAGAAUGCCAGCCCCAGCCCAGAGCCCCGGAUCCCCAGCCACGGGGCCAGCCCUGCCUCCAGCUCUGCCAGCACAGUUUCCGCCGCCUCCAGGAACUGUGACAAGCUCAAGUCCUUCCACCUGUCCCCUCGGGGGCCACCCACGCCCGAGCCCCCGCCCGUGCCGGCCAACAAGCCCAAGUUCCUGAAGGUGGUUGAAGAGGCCCCCCUCAGGGAGGCAGCCAAGCCUGGACUUUAUGUGCCCCCGGUGGCCCCGAGGCCUCCUGUGCUGAAGCUGCCCACGCCCGAGACCACAGCCCGGCCCACGAUCCUGCCCAAGCCAGAGAAGCCGCACCUCCCCCACCUCCAGCGCUCACCCCCCGAUGGGCAGAGUUUCAGGAGCUUCUCCUUUGAAAAGCCCCGGCAGCCUUUGCCGGCCGACAGCUCCCUGGAGGACGCUGGCAGGGAGGACUCUGACGAGGACUACGAGAAGGUGCCGCUGCCCAGCUCGGUCUUUAUCAACACCACGGAGUCCUGCGAGGUGGAAAGGCUGUUCAAAGCCACGAGCCCCCGGGGGGAGCCCCAGGAUGGACUCUACUGCAUCCGGAACUCCUCCACCAAGUCAGGGAAGGUUCUGGUCGUGUGGGACGAAACCUCCAGCAAAGUGAGGAACUACCGCAUCUUUGAGAAGGACUCGAAGUUCUACCUGGAGGGCGAGGUCCUGUUUGUGAGUGUGGGCAGCCUGGUGGAACACUACCACACCCACGUACUGCCCGGCCACCAGAGCCUGCUGCUGCGCCACCCCUACGGCUACGCCAGGCCCAGGUGACACCGCCCCACCGGCUGCCGGCCACACAGGAGGAGACUGGCUCGCACGGGAGGAUGAGCAGGAGCCAGCAUGGUGCUUUGGCGUGGGGUCUCCCCGACGGACACUGCAGGGAAACUGCCAGGCCGGGCUCCACCCAGCAGGCUGGGUCCCCGGGGCCAGGCCAGGCCCUGGGCUCCAGAGAAUUGAGUGGGGCUCUCCGAUCUCACCCCGCCCACCUUACAGGAGCCCAGGAGCCCAGGACUGAGUCCAGCCAGGACAUCCCAGACAGGAAUUCUGGCACAGCCACCCUGCACUGGGCUGGGAGCUGGGCAGGGCUGGGACAUUUGGGGUGGGGACAGGGGCUGGCCCCAGGAUCCCCCAGGAACGCUACAACGCAGGCUCCAGAGGGGCUGUUGCUGCACAAUAAAGCACAGAUGACCUUUG